GGAACCGUUAAGAUGGACAACGAAUAUAACCAAUGAGAAGAAAGGAGCUGCUUGACCAAUGAGGAGUGCGGGGCGGGAUCCUUUGCAGCGGCGGAGUCCAAGAUGGCGGCAUGCGGUUCCGCUGUGUGAAACGAGCGCGGAGCGGCGGGUUAGUCAGCUCCGCGGAGAAGACCUCCGACGACCCGCAACAAUGAAGGGAAAAGAGCGCUCCCCAGUCAAACCCAAACGCUCUCGUGGUGGUGAGGAUUCGACUUCCCGCGGGGAGCGGAGCAAGAAGUUAGGGGGCUCUGGUGGCAGCAAUGGGAGCAGCAGCGGAAAGACCGACAGCGGCGGCGGGUCGCGGCGCAGCCUUCAUCUGGACAAGUCAAGCAGCCGAGGUGGCAGCCGCGAGUAUGAUACUGGUGGGGGCAGCUCCAGUAGCCGCUUACAUAGUUACAGUUCCCCAGGCACUAAAAAUUCCUCGGGCGGGGGCGAGUCGCGCAGCAGCUCCCGGGGUGGAGGCGGGGAGUCACGUUCCUCUGGGGCCGCCUCCUCAGCUCCUGGCGGCGGGGACGGCGGGGAGUACAAGACACUGAAGAUAAGCGAGUUGGGGUCCCAGCUGAGUGACGAAGCGGUGGAGGACGGACUGUUUCACGAGUUUAAACGCUUCGGUGAUGUAAGUGUCAAAAUCAGUCAUCUCUCGGGUGGCAGCGGGGAUGAGCGCGUAGCGUUUGUGAACUUCCGGCGGCCAGAGGACGCGCGGGCGGCCAAGCAUGCCAGAGGCCGCCUUGUGCUCUAUGACCGGCCCCUGAAGAUAGAAGCUGUGUAUGUGAGCCGGCGCCGCAGCCGCUCCCCUUUAGACAAAGAUCCUUAUCCUCCGUCAUCCAGCGUGGUCGGGUCCUCUGUAGGUGGUCACCGGCACCCCCCUGGAGGGGGUGGUGGAGGCCAGAGAUCGCUUUCCCCUGGUGGUGCAGCCUUAGGAUACAGAGACUACCGGUUGCAGCAGUUGGCCCUUGGCCGCCUGCCCCCUCCACCUCCGCCACCAUUACCCCGGGACCUGGAGAGAGAGCGAGACUACUCGUUCUAUGAGAGAGUGCGCCCAGCAUACAGUCUUGAGCCAAGGGUGGGAGCUGGAGCAGGUGCUGCUCCUUUCAGAGAAGUGGAUGAGAUCUCACCAGAGGACGAUCAGCGAGCUAACCGGACGCUUUUCUUGGGCAACCUAGACAUCACUGUGACAGAAAGUGAUCUAAGAAGGGCUUUUGAUCGCUUUGGAGUCAUUACAGAAGUAGACAUCAAGAGGCCUUCUCGGGGCCAGACCAGUACCUAUGGCUUUCUCAAAUUUGAGAACCUAGACAUGUCUCACCGGGCCAAACUAGCGAUGUCUGGCAAAAUUAUAAUUCGGAAUCCUAUCAAAAUUGGUUAUGGUAAAGCUACACCCACCACCCGUCUCUGGGUAGGUGGCCUGGGACCCUGGGUGCCUCUUGCUGCUCUGGCACGGGAGUUUGACCGAUUUGGCACCAUACGCACCAUAGACUACCGCAAAGGUGAUAGUUGGGCGUAUAUCCAGUAUGAAAGCCUGGAUGCAGCUCAUGCUGCCUGGACCCAUAUGCGGGGCUUUCCACUUGGUGGCCCAGAUCGUCGCCUUAGAGUAGACUUUGCAGACACAGAACAUCGUUACCAGCAGCAGUAUCUGCAGCCUCUUCCCUUAACUCAUUAUGAACUGGUGACAGAUGCUUUUGGACAUCGGGCACCUGACCCUUUGAGGGGUGCUCGGGAUCGGACACCACCCUUACUAUACAGAGAUCGUGAUAGGGACCUUUAUACUGACUCUGAUUGGGUGCCACCACCGCCCCCAGUCCGGGAACGCAGCACUCGGACUGCAGCUAGUGCUGUGCCUGCUUAUGAGGCACUGGACAGCCUGGAUCGCAGGCGGGAUGGCUGGUCCUUGGACCGGGACAGAGGUGAGCGAGAUCUGCCCAGCAGCAGAGACCAGCCUAGGAAGCGACGGCUGCCUGACGAGAGUGGGGGACGGCAUCUGGAUAGGUCCCCGGAGAGUGACCGGCCACGAAAACGUCACUGCGCUCCUUCUCCUGACCGUAGUCCAGACUUGAGCAGUAGUCGGGAUCGCUACAACAGUGACAAUGAUCGAUCUUCCCGUCUUCUCUUGGAAAGGCCCUCUCCAAUCAGAGACAGACGAGGUAGUUUGGAGAAGAGCCAGGGUGACAAGCGAGACCGCAAAAACUCGGCAUCAGCUGAACGCGAUAGGAAGCACAGGACAGCUGUUGCCACUGAGGGAAAAAGCCCUCUGAAAAAAGAAGAGCGGUCUGAUGGGAGUGCAGCCAGCACCAGCACUGCUUCAUCGAAGCUGAAGUCCCCUUCCCAGAAACAGGAUGGUGGCACAGCUCCUGCAGCAUCAGCCUCUCCCAAGCUCUGUUUGGCCUGGCAGGGGAUGCUUCUAUUGAAGAACAGCAACUUUCCUUCCAACAUGCAUCUGUUGCAGGGUGACCUUCAAGUGGCUAGCAGUCUUCUCGUGGAGGGCUCGACUGGAGGCAAAGUGGCCCAGCUCAAGAUCACUCAGCGUCUUCGUUUAGACCAGCCCAAGUUGGAUGAAGUAACUCGACGCAUCAAAGUGGCAGGGCCCAAUGGUUAUGCCAUUCUUCUGGCUGUGCCUGGAAGUUCUGACAGCAGAUUCUCCUCUUCCUCAGCCACAUCAGACACUGCCACCUCUACUCAGAGGCCACUUAGGAACCUGGUGUCCUAUUUAAAGCAAAAGCAGGCUGCUGGGGUGAUCAGCCUCCCUGUGGGGGGCAACAAAGACAAGGAAAACACCGGGGUCCUUCAUGCCUUCCCACCGUGUGAGUUCUCCCAGCAGUUCCUGGAUUCUCCUGCCAAGGCACUGGCCAAAUCUGAAGAAGAUUACCUGGUCAUGAUCAUUGUCCGUGUGCAUGGUUUUGAGAUAGGAGUUCGGUAUGAGCAAAAGAAGAGAAGAGAAGUGGAGCUGACCUUGUUAACAUCUGGUUAUAGUGAUAUGCCUAAGGGGAGAAAAUGAUUUCAGGUAACCAUAGUGAACUGUCUAGGUGAUGAAAAGUUUUAUAUGUGUGAUUUAAACAGCAUUGAAAAGUCAAAGUCCUAAAGUGUUCUUUGACUGUUCAGCAAUUGUUUUGAGUGUUUUGUUAAAAUAACAGCUGCUAUCUUUGGUAACACAGAAAAAGGUGGAUUUUUAAAUGACUUUAUAUCUUGAUCCCUCUACAAUAAUGGAGCAGUUCUGUAUUGCUCCAUAUAAAUUUUAGAAUGAAAAUAGAGGGAGUAAAAGUUUGACUGAACUUCACCUUUUUACAGUUCCAUUUUUUUUAAGUUAUAUGUAGAAUAUACUGAUUAUAAACUUGCUUUUUCUGAAUGUUUUCCAACAUGUUUUAUUCAGUUACGUGACUAUAAAGGAUAUUUUCAGUCCUAUAAUCCACACUUAAUUGCAGUCUUUAAAAAAAUCCACCCUACUGUCCUACUUGUUACUUGUCUGUUCAUACAGUAAAUUCAUUUCAGGGUUUGUGCCAGUGGGUAUUAUUGGUGCUUUUUGGAGUCAAGGUGGAUUAUCCAGGAAGGUCUUGUUAACGUUUUUUUCAUCUAUAUGGCAUAGGGGAAAUAUAUAUAUUUUUAAUAUUGUAAACAUUUGUACUGAAUAACCUUUUUUUCCCCCCUGCAAGCAAAACUGGUGAACAGCGGAUGAAGAUACGGAAUUCAAAACUCUAAUGGACCUUUUUGAAGAGAAGUUGUGGCUUAUGUGGAGUUUACAUGGGCCUCUUGAUGGAAGAAAGCUAAUCUGUUUAGUAUUUGUGCAUUUUACUAAAAUGGCAGCUUAAAGUUGUGUAUCUGCUAUUGUGAUGCCAAUGCCGGUGUUUUAAGUGGAAAAAAAUGACCUCUUGCUUUGUGCUGUGUACACAAGAUUUCUGGAAAAGUAAAGAAAAACCCUUUUUAUGGCUCACACAGCUUAAAAGUAGCUGUCACUCAAACGUGCGCUCACAGUUGAGCUGCUUUUGUUUUAUUCUAAAUAAAUUGUUUCUUUUGAGGAAAAUGUU